UCCCGAGAUCUACACCCAAUCCACCGCCGUUUACUUUGUUAAUUUCUCGACAACACCUUUGUUUCUUCAAUCUUAUCCUUGAGCUUCAGCUUCUUCUCGCUGCAGACGCUAGGGCUUUCCAGAUUCGACGGAGGGCUUUGUAAAAAUGAGAGGCAGGAGUUACACUCCAUCUCCGCCUAGGGGCUACGGCCGGAGAGGACGGAGUCCGAGCCCCAGAGGCCGUUAUGGGGGUCGCGCUCGAGAUCUUCCUACAAGCCUUUUGGUUCGCAACCUUCGGCAUGACUGCAGGCCAGAAGACAUUCGCAGGCCCUUUGAAAGAUUUGGCCCUCUUAAAGAUAUAUAUCUGCCCAAGGAUUAUUAUACUGGGGAACCUCGAGGGUUUGGUUUUGUCCAAUAUGUUGAUCCUGCUGAUGCUGGAGAAGCCAAAUACCAGAUGGAUGGCCAGAUCCUUCUUGGUCGAGAGUUGACUGUUGUUUUUGCUGAAGAGAACAGGAAGAAACCAGCUGAGAUGAGGCAAAGGGAGCGAGGGAGAGGAGGUCGAUAUAAUGAUAGGAGAAGGUCUCCCCCUCGUUACUCUCGUUCACCGCGAUAUUCUCGGUCUCCACCUCGUCAUGGGAGAUCUAGGUCACGAAGUCGUGAUUAUUCCCCUCCUAAAGAGAGGCAUUACUCGAGAUCUAUAUCACCCCAAGAUGGACGGUACAGUCGAGAUAGAUAUUCUCGUUCUCCACUGUACAAUGGCUCAAGGAGCCGGAGUCGGAGUCUUGAUAGGGGCCAAGGUCGGAGCAGGAGCAGAGGCCGAAGCCUGAGGCGAAGCAGAAGCCAGAGUCCAAGACGGAGCGGUAGCCGAAGCCACAGCCCCAGACGAGUUGAAAGCCCAAUGAGAAGCAGAAGCCAGAGCCCAAACCAUGAGGGGUACAAGAGGGAAGUAAAUGGAGAAAGGUCUCCCAGUCAGUGAUGUUGCGCAGCCAAUGGGAUGCAUUGUAGUUUUCUUUGUAGGUGCGGUAUUGUUGAUGAUGGGGGCUGGUGUUUGAACUGAAGUUUGUCAGGGUAGUUUGUUGGUGUUUUAGUCUACAGCUAGCUUUGUGAAAAAAUUCAGUUAUUUGGCGCUGAGAUAUUCAAAGGCAUGGCUGUGGUAGUGGUAACUAGUACUCUACUCUAGUAGUAGCAUAGUAAUUGUGUUGAGGGUACUGACUUGUCCAAAAUUAUUUUGAUGACCUUUUCUUCUUUGUUCUCCGUACAAAUUGAUUAAAUUGUAGAUGGAUUCAUA